AUGGAUUCGGUCCAGUCCACUGGUCAUCAGCCACGUCGCACACGCCAGAAUCCGGUAUCGUGUCGUUUGUGCCGGCUGAAGAAACUGAAAUGCAACCGCCAACACCCUUGUUCCAACUGCUCUACCCGUGGCGUUGCCUGUGAAUAUAUCGCACGAAUCCCUGGCCCAACGUCCACGGGCGGCACGGAUCAAAGACAAGCUUUACCCGCCGCUGCUGAAGGCGCGGGUUUCCAAGCUCGCCUUGAAAGGCUUGAAGAGGCAGUAUUCAGCAGGCAUGAUGAUACACCCUCUGUAUCUUCUGCAACGGCACCAUCUAUUCGUCGGUCAUUGGCUACCACGGCUAUACCAGGUUUCGCUUUCAACGAGGAGCAUGAAGUGACAUCGAGAUGGCUUGAAGGCAUUGGCACCCUUGAAAACCCGAUAUUCAGAACUCACGUAGCCAAUGUACCAUUCAAAGCUGGACCUAUAAGCCAGCUACUGAAGAAUGUGUCAGCGUCGCGGAAUGAGGCAGCACCAGCUUGCCCCCCCAGAGUUCAGCUACCUACCAGAGAAGAGGCGAUACACUUAUCCCAGUACUUUAUCGACAACGUCCAGUACCUCCAUCCCGUCUUCCAGCCUCAUUCCCUGCAGCGCGUGAUAGACGCUGUGUAUAUGCACCCUGAUACACCGAUUCAGAGCAAUGUGGCAGAUAUCGCGCUGCUUCUCAGCAUACUUGCUAGUGCCAGCCAUCUGUGGAGACCACAGAGAAGCAAAUGCUUGGUCUUCUUGUCUGCGAAAGAAGCUGCUGCCAUGUCCUUGAUCUGGACCAAUGCAGCAAUGGAUAUUCUCGAGUACUCGAAGAGAACUAUUGCUGCAUCUGUUGAAGGUCUUCAGGCCACAAUCGUGAUAUCCUACGUUAUCUACAAUUCCCAAGGGUUCUCACCCAUGUUCCGCUCACUUCAUAGCACCAUUAUCAUGAUAGCCCGGGAUCUUUCAUUACACAGGACUGAUAGUCCCCGAAGGAGCGGAGAAAAAGAUCAACCGCCAAGUCAGAUUGAAGCCGACGUGAAGAGAAGGUUAUGGUGGCACAUUGCUGCCACAGACUGGUUACUGGCAUUCACGCCUGGUCCACAGGAGGGCACUUAUACCAUUCAGCUGUCACAGAUGCAUGUAAAUCAGCCAGAUUAUCUCGAAAGCUGUGAUAAUGACGCUGGAAAUGUUUCACCGUCUACCUCCUAUUUCAUCCAGCGUGUUCGGCUAGCAGAGAUCUGCCGCGCAGUGGUUGACUCCCUCCCCCCCCUUGAAAUGAUUGAGAAUGCAAACUACGAGCAAGUUGUCCUCUUGGACGGCAAAUUUGAAGACUUGAUCACAAGUCUGCCGGCUUUUUUCCGGCUCGACCAAGGGAGCGAACUCUUGUACACCGCGCCCCAACUCACCCUUCAGUGUUGUCUGAUUCACCUUGGGAUCCAUACCAGACGCAGCAGGCUUCACCAGCCAUUUGUGGUAGCUGGUUUCGCCGAUACCAAAUAUACCUUUUCCAGAAAUGCCUGCCUCAACUCCUCCCGCGCGGUUCUGCAGAUUUGCUACAAGUUAGAGGAAAAGAAGGAUGACCUAGAGUUGAUCCCCGCCAGGUUUGCAACCGUGGUUCACCACGUUUUUAUGGCUGCUGUUGUGUUGGUGAUGGACCUAUGCUCUAACAAAGUUGAAGGGCUCGAGGAACAGCGGCAGGCUGAAGUUACCCGAGCAUGCAGAAUGCUCGACAGCUUGAAACAAGACUCGGCCAUGGCCGCAAAACUGGCUCACCCUCUCAUGGAAAUCCUGCAGAAACACAAACAAAGGCUACAACAAAGCCAGUCAUCGGCUAUGCCUCUCCCCGUGGUAUUACCACAUGCUGACAACAGAACCAAUCAAGUAUCUUUGGAUCCGUCCAACGAUUUCCAUGGGCCUUUGUCUAAUCAUAUCGGCCAAUAUGCAUCAUCAACGACUGCCAGUGGCGCUGAUCACCAGCCAGCAGUCCAAACAGAACAUCAACAACAACCAUGUGCCAACGACCGGGAAUUCGAUGCCAUGAUGCAGCAAUACAUUGAUCUAAGCCAAUUCAUUGAUGGGCCUUCCUGGGGUUCUCUGUUCGAUGAUCUAGAUUCUCACCAUAUGACAGAUGCCGCCGGCGCUACUUUCUCUGGCUAA